AUGUCCGUCGCGACGAAUGGAGACCGAUGUGUAAGCGUCGCUCUAAGCGUGUACACGCAGGAGGACGGCCCUUAUGGGACCGAUAUCGGUGUCACGGUGACGCCGGGCGGUGAGCCUGGCGCGGGCCGAAUAGCGGACGCGAAUUCCUACUCAGCGCUCAAUAUAAUACCGUAUAAAUCGAGGAUCGUCUUAUCAGCAAUUUAUUAUAGGAUAAAUAGAAGAAAUUGUACUUCACCUACACUUGCAGUACUAGGUUUCUUAUGGUCAAAACCAAAAUUAGAUAUUGAAAAAAAAGAAGAUGUGUCCAUAUUAUUAGAAAAAGCUGAUGUGGAAUUUGACAACGGGCAUUAUGAAGAUUGCUAUCACAUAUUAAUUCAAAGUAAGUUUAACGACAACACUGAGGUGAAAUGGCGUAUGUGCAGAGCAUUAUACAAUUUGGCAAAACAAACAAAAUACGACCCAAAUUAUAGAAAGGCCCUCAUUAAAGAAGCAUAUGAAAUUAUAUCUAAUGAAUUACCUAAGUCUCAGCAAAAUUAUGCGGUGCAUAAAUGGUAUGCGCUUAUUUUAGAAGCUAAAUCUAGCUAUGAUGGGUAUAAGGAAAAAAUUAAACAUCUUGAAAAAAUUAAAGAACAAUUAGAUCUUGCGGUGGCGCUUAACCCAAACGACGCAACGACCUUACAUAUGCUAGGAGAAUGGUGUUAUCAGCUUUCUGAUAUGCCAUGGCACCAUAGAAAGACUGCUGAAAUUUUGUUUAGUCCUCUUCCACAUUCCUGUUAUGAAGAUGCCCUUGAAUAUUUUUUGAAAGCAGAAUCAGUUCACCCCAGGUUUUACAGCGUAAAUUUAUUGAGGAUUGGCAGCUGUUACUUAAAACUCGAGAAAGAAGAUCAAGCAAAAUAUUACCUACACUUAGCCGCUGGAUAUCCAGCUAAGUCUAAUGAAGAUCAUCAAGCAAACAAAGAAGCCGCAGAAUUGUUGAAAAGAUUACAA